AUGGAACAUGCGACCCGGAUACUCCCCCGCCAGAUCUGGGCGAACCCGACGACGAGUACGACGAAGACUUACUCCCCGGGCUGUACGCCAUUUGUAUUGCCUAGCGAUGGACUCGUCUAUUACAACAAAUCAUACGCUGUGACACUCACCGAAAACGCCGUGUUUGAGCCUCUCUGUACAGGGUUGCCUAGCGAUGAUGUCCACGUCUCCGCCGUUCUCGAUACCCGUGAUCCAUUCUACUCUUCUGUUACGCCACAGCUGUAUGCUAUCGGAUGCGCGACUGUCGUCAGCUAUCUCCUCGUUAUUAUCCUUCUCAUUACCCCGCGAACAUUCUACGUCGGUGGACCAGGCGGUGGCGCCAAUUUCCUCGGACGACAUGGGAUGAUCAGCGGUUCAUACAGCGGGAACUCGUCAGUAGUAGGAGUCGGCGGACGACCAUGGCUGCAAAAAGUUGCUGCCAUAUUAGUCGCGAUAUCAUUAACGAUUGCCACGGUCGAUUCCUUCAAAGUGGCAGAGCGACAGUACGAUUAUGGGUUUUCCGAUGCCGAAGCGCUUUCCGACGAAGUGAUUGACGGGUUAGAAAUUCGCAUUGUGCGAGUGAUUUCCAGCACGUUUCUUUGGCUUGCGCAGGUCCAGACGUUGAUUCGAUUGUUUCCGCGACAUAAGGAGAAAGUCAUGAUCAAGUGGGCUGGGUUUGCGUUGAUCGUGCUGGAUACGACUUUCAGUAUAUUGGAGAACUUUUUGGUUCGGAGUUCAUCGACACGGCCGCGAUUAUACGAUGAUGCGAUUCCUGCUUUGAGUUAUUUGUUUGAGUUGUCGCUCAAUCUGCUAUAUGCUGCUUGGGUCAUUUUCUACUCGAUUUCGAAGCAUCGUUACGCCUUCUUUCAUCCCAAGAUGCGGAAUAUAUGCUUGGUGGCUCUCCUAUCGCUAUGUGCUAUUUUGAUACCUGUGGUAUUCUUUGUUCUGGAUAUUGCCCGACCGGAGAUUGCUGGGUGGGGUACGUAUAUUCGAUGGGUUGGAUCUGCUGCGGCCAGUGUAGUGGUAUGGGAGUGGGUGGAACGAAUUGAGGCGUUGGAACGAGAUGAAGCGAAGGAUGGAAUCUUGGGACGAGAAGUGUUCGACGGUGAUGAGAUGCUUGAGGUUACACCGUCUGAAGAAGUCGACUGGCCGCGAUAUUCGCACCAAGGACAUGACAGAGGCGGCGGUGGCGGUACAUCUUCGGGAUGGGGCGGCAUGAUGGGUCUAGCACAUCGGCCGUUACGAGCUCGAGCUGGACUUCCUCGCGUCAACCGAAACAGAGGCGCCGGAGCUCCAGCAAACAACCCCGCUGCUGGUAUACCACCGAGGCAUCCAAACAAUCGUCCUACACCACCUCCGGCGGCCAUCACGCCGGUUAGCCGGGCUGAUACUACCAGUGCGGCGAGCACAGUAUAUAAUGUGCGAUAUCAUCCAGUGGCCAGUCCUACACCUCCCGUCGCGAUGCCACACAUGGAUGAGGCGGAGGAGCUAGAGGAAGCCAAGGAUAUCGAAGAAGGCAGACAAGCCCUUGAUACGACUGAGCAUGGUCUAUCCGCCGAAGAUACCCGAGAGCAAUCACCGCAAAUCGUCCAAGCAGAUCCUCGAUGGCGCACUCUCCUCAACCCGUUCAAGCGGCGACGGGCAUCGCUGCCAAAAGAAGUCGCCUUUGCACAAGCUGGGGAAGAGCCUUCUGAACAUAGACCGUCGGUGUCGUUAUUGGCCGAAGAAGCCGAGACAGAGGCACAUGCUGCCCGGUUCCGAGCCGAUCAUUUCUUCUCUCUAUAUCGCAAAGGACCAGGAUCCGGCUCGCUCAAUGCUGACAAUUCCCUCCCCGUGACUGUCAUUCCUGCCCGCCGUCGUGGCCAACAUACAUGGUCACCCCAGAACCGGCUGCUGGAGCCCUCUACACCCCGCGAAAUGCCCACCAGUCGGCCCGAGCCUCCCCCUGGCCGAUCAACUCGACCGGAUCUACCAGUCCGGGUCAUCCCUUCGCAACCACAAGCCUCUGCUCCAUGGACUGACGCUGAUGUGGAGCGAGGAGGCGGGGACUACGUCCUACACUACGAUCCUGAAACAGCGGCUUUGGUCAACGAGGAUGUCAGCCACUUGGCUCACGAUAGCCACACUGCCAAUUUCGACCAGCGCAGCUGGACCGAAACGACAUAUUCUGACGAGAGGAACGAUGUGCCGACUGCACCUACUGUGCAGUCCCACGUUGAAUCACAUACACCGCAACCACCACCAGAUGCGGAGCACAGGCCUAGUGAAGAGCACUGA